ACUACCCGAGCUUCUUCCCCCCCGCGCCAACGCAAACCGAAACCCUAGAUGGGGAAGGGUCGCCCCCGCGCCGUCGAGAAGGGCGGCGCCGCCCACCUCUCCGACCCCUCAUCCUCCGCCGCCGCCGCCUCCUCCUCCUCCGCCGCCUCCUGCGGCGGCGGCGACGGCGGCGGCGGCGUCGGCGUCCCCCACGCCCCCGUGUUCUACCCCACGGAGGAGGAGUUCGUGGACCCGCUCGCCUACAUAGACCAGAUCCGGCCCCUCGCCGAGCCCUUCGGGAUCUGCCGCAUCGUACCUCCCAAAUCCUGGGCUCCUCCCUUCGCCCUCGACCUCGCCUCGUUCUCGUUCCCCACCAAGUCUCAGGCUAUUAAUUGCCUCCAGGCGCGGCCCCCAUCCUGUGACCCGGACACCUUCCGCCUUGAAUACCGCCGCUUCCUCACAUCCCAUCUCGGGCGCAAGCCCAAGCGCAAUCCUGUAUUUGAUGGUGAGGAGCUUGAUCUCUGCCGCCUUUUUAAUGCUGUGAAGCGGUUCGGAGGCUACGACAAGGUCUGCGCCAAGAAGCGUUGGGGUGAUGUCAUCCGCCUUGUGCGGCCGGCCCGGCCAUACAUCGGAGGGAAGAUCUCGGAGUGCUCGAAGCAUGUCCUGUCCCAGCUCUACUGGGAGCAUUUAUACGAGUAUGAGGAGUAUACUGGUCAGUUGGAUCGGGGUAUUAAGAAACCUCCACGGAAGAGGAGAAGGAAGAAUUCAGAUACUGCUGAAAACGCUGUAACUGUUGUUAAUGAGCAAUUGGAUCAGGUCUGCGAGCAGUGCAAGAGCGGAUUGCACGGAGAUGUUAUGCUCCUAUGCGAUCGGUGUGAUAAGGGCUGGCACUUAUACUGCCUCUCGCCACCAUUGGAGAGCAUUCCUUCGGGAAAUUGGUACUGCUUGCAGUGUGUGAACUCCGAUAAGGAUAGCUUUGGCUUUGUUCCGAGGCGGAAAAAGUGUACAGUUGAAGUUUUUAAGCGUUUGGACGAGCGGGUGAGGAGGAAGUGGUUUGGGCAGAAAGAUCCAACCCGACUUCAGAUUGAGAAACGGUUUUGGGAGAUUGUGGAGGGUAGGGCUGGCGAAGUGGAGGUCAUGUAUGGAAGUGAUUUGGAUACUUCAUUGUACGGUAGUGGUUUUCCUCGUGAUGGUGAUCCGGUACCAAGUUCGCUAAAGCCGGAUGUGUGGAGGGACUAUUGCUCUAGCCCAUGGAACCUUAACAAUUUUCCAAAAUUACCAGGGUCGAUGCUUCGGGCUGUUCAAGAAAAUGUUGCCGGUGUUAUGGUCCCCUGGCUUUAUAUUGGAAUGUUAUUCUCGUCCUUCUGUUGGCAUGUCGAGGAUCAUUGUUUUUAUUCAAUUAAUUAUUUACACUGGGGGGAGCCAAAGUUUUGGUAUGGGGUACCUGGUACUGAAGCCAAUGCUUUUGAGCAGGUUAUGCAAAGUGCCCUUCCGGAUCUAUUUGAUGCACAACCAGAUCUGCUGUUUCAGCUUGUCACGAUGCUUAACCCAUCUGUUCUGCAAGAAAAUGGCGUUCCUGUUUAUAGUGUUGUGCAGGAGCCUGGAAACUUUGUGAUUACUUUUCCAAGGUCCUUCCAUGGAGGUUUUAAUUUUGGUUUAAAUUGUGCUGAGGCUGUCAAUUUCGCUCCUGCUGAUUGGCUUCCUCACGGUGGAGUUGGAGCUGAACUAUACCGUCUGUAUCAUAAGGCACCAGUUAUAUCCCAUGAGGAACUUCUUUAUGUGGUUGCAAAGGAUGGUUCUGAUACCAAAGCAUUGCCUUACCUUAAGGGAGAGUUAGAAAGAGUAUUUAUGAGGGAGAAAAGGUGUAGAGAGGAAUUGUGGAUUAAUGGUAUUGUUAAGUCAAGUUUUAUGUCUCCAAAGAGUCAUCCGGAAUUUGUUGGCACUGAAGAGGAUCCGACGUGCAUUAUUUGCAAACAGUAUUUGUACCUUUCAGCCAUUACGUGCAGCUGUAGGCCAGCUACAUAUGUUUGUCUUGAGCACUGGAAGCAUCUGUGUGAAUGUAGUCCUGACAAGCAUCACUUUGUUUAUCGUCACACUCUUGCAGAGCUGGGUGACCUUGUCCAUCUGUGCUCUCCUACUUCCAAGACUACAAUCACUGAGGAGAUAACUCAAUAUCCUCGGUGGCAUCGCUUAAUUCCCAGUGAACAAAGUGCAAUGAUUAAGAAGGUAAAAGGUGGCACCAUAUCUUAUACACAGCUUGCUGAAGAUUGGCUUUCAAAUUCUUACCACAUUCUUGAGAAGCCAUUCUCAGAUGCUGCUUAUAAUACUGUCCUGAAGGAUGCUGAGCAAUUUCUUUGGGCCGAUCACAGCAUGGAUCCUGUUCGUGACAUGGUUAACAAAUUGACCGAAGCUCAAAAGUGGGCAAUUAAAGUGAGAAGCUCUCUAUCGAUAAUAAGUGAUAAUGUGCAUUCAAAGAACAAGCGCAUGAAGAAAGUGAUGUUUAAUGAAGUCAAGGAAUUACUCAGUUUCAAUCCUCUUCCCUGCUGCGAACCUGAGAUUACGAAGUUGGAGGCCUAUGCUGCGGAUGCUAGUAAGCUGGUCGCUAAAAUAAGCAAUGCUCUUUCAUCUCGAUUAAAUAUAAGCGAGUUGGAAGAAUUGCAUUCUAAGGCUGCUGCAUUUCCAAUUAAUUUGACAGAAGCUGCGGUGUUAGAAAGUGAAAUUUCUUCUGCUAAGCUGUGGUUGAAAAAUGUACGAGAUUGCCUGUCAGAGAAAAAUCCUGGCAUCAUUGAAAUUGAUUUCUUUAACAAGUUGAAAUCAGAGAUGCUACAGCUUCACGUUCAGCUUCCGGAGAUGGAUUUGCUUUUAAACCUGUGCACAGAAGCUGACUCUUGGAAAGAGCGGUGCCAAGAUUACCUAAAUGGUCCCCUUAACUUGAAGGAGCUUGAGAAGUUUCUGCUGGCUGCAGAAAAUGUCAGAGUUAGCAUUCCAGAGCUCAAAAUCCUUAGGCAACACUAUUCUGAUUCUUGUUCGUGGAUUUGCCGUUGUAAUAAUGUUCUCCAAAAUCUUAACGAACGGGACGAUCACAUGAAAAAUGUUGAAGAGCUGUCACGUAUCCUGAAGGAUGGGGAAUCACUGCAUAUACAAGGGGAAGAGCUGGCUGCUGUGGAACUAGAAUUAAAUAAGUCAAUGUGUAGAAAGAGAGCAUCUGAGGCACUCUCUCUUCGUACACCAUUGGAGAUAAUCCAGCAAGUACUGGCAGAAGCUUCUUUAUUAGAAAUUGAUACAGAGCAACUGUUCAUUGAGAUCUCUAGAGUGCUUCGUGCAGCCAUCUCUUGGGAAGAAAGAGCUAGAUUUGUUCUUGAGCAUGUGUCUUGCAUCUCCGAAUUUGAGGGCCUUAUACGGGCCUCAGAAGAUAUAUUUGCAAUUCUUCCUUCUUUUCCUGAUAUUGAGGAUGCGGUAUCAGUGGCUCGCCGUUGGAUGCUUAAAUCUCAGCCAUACCUAGGACGUACUAUUUGUGACAAGAAUUCCUUUGAGCUCAUGCUUAAAGUCGAUGAUUUGAAGGAUUUGGUUGGUCAAUCUAGAUACUUAAAGGUCAACCUAGAUACUCCUCAGAGACUUCAGAACAUUCUGCUUGAUGUUGAGAAAUGGAUGCACAAAGCCUCUAAUUUAUUGGAGAAUAUAAGAUCUUUGUUGUAUAUGAAUGAUGCUGACUUUAUAGUCAACAAUUGCCUUAAAACUAAAAUUCAGCAACUGCUUAAUGAAAUUGAUUCCACGAGGAAAAUUGGGAUAUCCCUUGGUUUUGAGUUUAAGGAGUUGCCUGAACUACAGCACGCAUCUUUGACAAUGAAAUGGGCUUUGGUUGCAAUUUCUUUCUGCUUCAUGAUUCCUUUGCUCAAGGAGGUUGAUCGCUUACUUAAGGAUAUGGAUCAUAUUCCAGCUGUAUUUUCUGGUAGUAAUUUAGUUAAAAGGUUGUUGAAUAUCACAAGAUGGCUUAGAAAAGCACUCGUCCUACUUCCUGAUCCUCAAAUCUCAAAGAGGUGCAAUGUGAAGGAUGUUGAAAAUUUUUUAGAGGAAUCUCAGGAAGUAGAGGUGCCACAUGCUAUGAUGGUUUCCCGCCUCAAAAAUGCCAUUGAGACACACCGUUCCUGGAUAGACCGAUGCCAUGCUUUCUUCAUAUCGCCUGGAAAACAAUCUUGGGGUUUUCUUCUGGAACUGAAGGAAAGCGGUAAAUCUAAUGCUUUUGAUUGUCCUGAGAUGGACAAGGUUGUCUCCGAGAUAGAAAAGGUUGAGAAAUGGAUGUUGCAGUGUCGUGGUUUUGUGCAACCUUUAGUUGGAGACCUUGGUUCUCUGUCCAGUGAGCUCUUGAAAAUCCAAAGAUCUCUGGAUAAGGCUCUGUGCUUAUAUGGUGGAUCAAGUGUUUGUACGAGACAAGAAAUCUGUGUCUGCUGUCCGAAUGAUACAGACAAUGAGAGAGUCUAUACAUGCCUGAUAUGUGAGGACCGGUUCCAUUUCUCAUGCAUGUGGCCGACUUCUGCUAGUGCAGACAUGAAAAAUAAGAAGACAUGUCUGCUUUGCCUCUCUAUAGAAAAGGGAGAUGCAGCACUAAUUGGAAGACUGUCGUGGGUAUCGAAAGGGAAGCGUCCUAAAUUCAAUUCAUUUGUUAAACUUAUAUCUGUAGCAAACUCUUUCUACACAAGGGUUGAAGAGCUGGAUUUGCUGAAAGAAAUAGUUGAACAGGCACUGAAAUGCAAGUCAUAUUUAACGCAAAUAGUUAUCCAUGCUAUUUCUUAUCGGGAGAAAGAUCUUAGCUCUAUCUCAGAAAGCCUCCUGCUGGCUGUAAAGGCAUUAACAGUGUCUGGAGUGUACGAUCGGCAAGAUAGCUUAAGCCUCGAAUCCGCAUUGACUGAACAUUCGUGGAAAAUAAGAACCAAUAAACUCUUGAGGGCUUCGAGAAAACCAAACAUUUACCAAAUUCAGCAUCUCGAGAAAGCGGGUUCAGCUUUAGGCAUACCAUCUGGUGACCAUUUCAUGAUGGAAAUUAUUAAUGCAAAGAAAACCAGUUUGCAUUGGUUAGCGAAUGCAAAACAGGUUACUUCAGAUUCAGGGAAACUUGCUCUGAGUGAAGUUUAUAAACUUAUUAGCGAAGGCGAAAGUUUACCUGUCCAUUUUGAUACAGAAUUGAAGUUACUAAAAGUUCGCAGCGAGCUUUACUGCAUCUGUCGAAAGCCUGAUGAUAAGAGGGCCAUGAUCGCUUGCGACCAGUGCGAUGAGUGGUAUCACUUUGAUUGCAUUAAUUUGUGCAAGCCCCUUCCCAAGGCAUUCUAUUGCCCUGCAUGUUUCCCAGCUAAUGGAGAGUUCAUUUCGCUCCUGCGAUCAGCCUCUCGCGAACACAGCCCGUGCACCGAUGGAGAACCAGGCACGCCUCCGGGUUGCCGUAAUGGAUUGGAAGGAAGGGAACUCAAUAAUGCUAACCCUAGUUCACAGAAAAAGCCGCCAGUGAGAAUAGACCUGAUUAAGUUAUUGAGAUGCAACAGUGAGAUCCAUAAUUUAUGGAGAGGGAACAAAAGGCCGCUUCGAAGAACAACUCGAAGACGAAGCGUGCCUGAGUGCCUCUCUUAGUUUGUUUUUUUUUUUUUUUUAAUUAUUUUUUUGGUCCUUUUCCUGUGUAUAUAUAUUAACUUCUUCAUUUACAUUUUCAAUGUGUCAUUCAUUUCACCAUUGAUUCGUCAGUGGUUUCAUCAGCAAUAAGAUUAUUAUUCUCUCUUUGGGUACUA